AGAGAGAGAGAGACAGAGAGGAGCUGCGGCGCGGCGGCUGAUGGACUAGGAUCUCGCUUCAUUUAACGGCACGGUUUAUUUUUUCGCGUGAAAUUGCACGCGCAGCCCCGAGGAGACUGUCUCGCGCGUGCACUAACCAACAACAACAACAAAAAACGUUUCUUCGACGGUUUUCUUCUCUUUAUUUUUGUGUUAAUUUCCCGGUGCUGGUUUGGAGUGCUUUAUCUUUAACGCAGACGAGCUUGGAUGAAGACACAGUCAGGGACAGAGAGACAGAAGUUGUGUAGCGUGUACAGGAGACGUGUUACAACCAGGACACACCAGCUUUCGUUUCCCCACUCGAAGCCACAGGGGAUGCUGUCGGCGAUCUGUGACAGAUUUCGCUCGCAGAACUGAUGGAAAAGGAUCACUGAUCACUUUGCCGUGUUGACACGCGGCCUGAUUCCCCUUAAUAAAAAGACCACCGCUGCUUUUAUUCUGCAUCAUCUCAUGCCAUCGUACUUGGCCCUGGCCUUCUAGUUAAUUGGCAGUGCGUGACCUCGAGAGAUUCUGAGUAUUCUGCAAACAUGCUCCAGUGCUGAACUCUGAUUGUUGACUUCAUCAUGACAAGCUUGAAGCGUUCACAGACCGAGCGCUCUGUGGGGGGCUCUGUGCCCGCAUCAGAUGAGUUUUACACUCGCCGCCUGCGUUUGCCCAACGGAGGGGCGCCUCCGCCACGCAGCGAGAGCACCCACCUGUCCGGAGGCACGCCCGGAGUGCCCAAAAUGGGAGUCCGGGCACGGGUGGCAGACUGGCCUCCGAGGAAAGAUGGUGGUGGUGGUGGUGGCGGUGGAAGUGGUGGUAGCAGUGGAAGUGGGAGUGGUAGGAGCAGUGGGAGUGGUAGUGGAGGAGGAGGAGGAGGCAGUGGAGGAAGCGGAAGUGGUAGUGGUGGUAGCGGUGGUAGCGGCGGCGGUGGUGGUGUGUGGCACAUUACAGUGGAGACUGACUCACCGUCCACCACUUCUGGGAGCUCCCAGAGCAACCUCACUGCCAAGCUUGGUCACCUGAUCAGUCCACAGGAUUCGUCCAUGCUGCGCAAUAUUCAGAACACGCUAAAGAACAAAAUCCAUAGCAAAGGCAAAGACAACCGCUUCUUGUCCCCAGAUGGUUACUUGGGCUCACCACGCAAGGGCAUGCGUCGCAUCCGCCAGCGCAGCAACAGUGAUAUCACCAUCAGUGAGCUGGACGGUGAUGGCAAUGAGGGUUGGUCGUUUUCUGGCUGGACACCAAUGCACCGCGAGUACGGCAGCACCUCCUCCAUCGACAAGCAUGGCGUCUCUGGAGAGAGCUUCUUUGACAUGCUUAAAGCUUACCAGACCGAUGAUCCCGACCAGCGCAGCCCCGCUCCCGAGAAACUAAGCGAACUGCUUACCGUGGCGCACAAGCAGACCGCUCUUGACCUGCCGGACGGACCUCUAGGACCCCCACGAGGCAGCCCUGCGAGUCGACUCAAGGAAAGAGAAAAGCACCUGAAACGCCGUUCCAAAUCCGAAACCGGGGGCGAGUCCAUAUUCCGCAAGUUACGAAGCGUGAAGGCCGAGGGUGAUUCCUCCCGAGCAGGUUCAGACGCAGAAGACGGGAAAUCUGAUGACGCGGGCCCACCGCCAAAGCCCUGGGUCUGCCAGAAGGGUUUUGCUCAUUACGAUGUGCAGAGUAUUUUGUUUGACCUGAACGAAGCGGUCCAAAACCGACAGAGCGCCUCCAAAAGGAAGAACACCACUACUGGAGCCUCUGCCGCCGCCGCCGCUUCGGCCUCCACCUCCUCCUCUUUAUCGUCCAAUCAGAGCGGGGCUUACGGAUCCCCCUGCGGCAGCCAAGAAGAACUCAACGCCAAGGACGGACCAGCGCUGGACCCUGGUGAUGACAAGAGUAACGAUCUGGUUUUCAGCUGCCCAUGCUUCCGUAACGAGAUAGGAGGCGAAGGCGAGAGGAACAUCAGCCCUUCGAAGCAAAGCAGCACCGUUAGUGGAUCGGCAAAUUCCUCCAGGGAUGAGGACGGGUCUCGUGAGGCGCCCAACACGCAUUUUAGUAACGCAGGUGUGGCUGUGCUGGAAGCUCCCAAAGAUGGGAAGAGCGUUCACCACGAGAGGGGGAAGAGCAACAUCUUGGAACAUGUCGACUUGGGUUCCUAUUACUACCGAAAGUACUUCUAUUUGAGAGAGCACUGGAACUAUUUGGGAGUGGAUGAGACGCUCGGGCCGGUCGCCGUGAGUCUUCGGAGGGAAAAGCUGGACGAUCAUAAGGAGCACGGACCGCAGUACAAUUACAGGGUCAUCUUUAGAACCAGUGAGCUAACGACUCUGCGCGGCUCCAUCCUGGAGGACGCCGUUCCCUCCACGUCUAAGCACGGCCUGGCUCGUGGAUUACCCCUGAAGGAGGUCCUAGAGUACCUGGUCCCCGAACUAAAUGCCCACUGCCUCCGCCUCGCGCUCAACACACCGAAAGUCACGGAGCAGCUGAUGAAACUGGAUGAGCAAGGGUUGAGUUUCCAGCUGAAGGUGGGGGUGAUGUACUGUCUGGCCGGCCAGAGCAGCGAGGAGGAGAUGUACAACAACGAGGCGGCCGGGCCUGCGCUCGAGGACUUCCUGCAGCUGCUCGGGGAACGGGUGCGCCUCAAAGGGUUCAGCAAGUACCGCGCUCAACUCGACACCAAGACUGACUCGACCGGCACGCACUCCUUAUACACCACGUAUAAAGACUACGAAAUCAUGUUCCACGUGUCCACCAUGCUGCCCUACACCCCCAACAACAAGCAGCAGCUGCUCAGAAAGCGCCACAUCGGGAACGACAUCGUCACCAUCGUGUUCCAGGAGCCCGGGGCCAAGGCCUUCAGUCCCAAGAACAUCCGCUCUCACUUCCAGCACGUCUUCGUGGUGGUGCAGGUGCACAACCCGUGCUCGGAGAACACCUGCUACAGUGUUGCCGUGGCCCGAUCCAGAGACGUUCCUGCUUUCGGGCCGCCCAUCCCAAAGGACGUGAAGUUCCCCAAAUCCUCCGUCUUCCGGGACUUCCUGUUGACCAAAGUGAUCAACGCAGAGAACGCCGCGCACAAGUCGGACAAGUUCCGCGCCAUGGCGACGCGCACGCGCCACGAGUACCUCAGGGACCUGGCCGAGCGCCACGUCACCAGCACGCCCAUCGACCCCUCGGGCAAGUUCCCCUUCAUCUCCCUGGCGCACAAGCGCAAGGAGAAGAGCCGACCAUACCUGGGCGCGGAGCUCCGCAGCCCCGGCUCCAUCUCCUGGGCCGUGUACACCGAGGACCACAGCACCGGGGGAGAGCUCGAAGCCCUGCUUGCCAUCUCCAACGACUUCCUCGUCCUGGUCGAUCCGGAGGCCAAGGCCGUGGUGUUCAACUGCGCCGUGCAGGACGUCAUCGGCUGGACGCUGGGAAGCCCCGCCUCCAUGAAGAUCUUCUACGAGCGCGGGGACAACAUCUCGCUGCGCUCGGUAAACAACAACACAGAGGACUUCAGCGAGGUCGUCAGGCGCCUGGAGUUCCUGACCAAAGGCUGCGAGACGUCGGAGAUGACCCUGCGCAGGAACGGACUCGGCCAGCUGGGCUUCCACGUCAACUACGAGGGCAUCGUGGCCGAGGUGGAGCCGUACGGUUACGCCUGGCAGGCCGGAUUACGGCAGGGCAGCCGAUUGGUGGAGAUCUGCAAGGUGGGCGUGGCGACGCUCUCUCACGAACAGAUGAUCGAUCUACUGCGCACCUCGGUCACGGUCAAGGUGGUCAUCAUACCGCCUCACGAGGACGCCACGCCCCGCAGGGGCUGUUCGGAGCUGUACCGCAUGCCGGUGGCCGAGUAUAAGGGAAGCAACGAGAGCGGUUCGUUCGAGUACAAGUUCCCGUUUCGCUCCAACAACAACAAGUGGCAGCGCACGUCGUCUAGCCCGCAGCAGUCCCUCUCCGCCUCGCCUCAGAGUCACACCGGGACGCCCAACCGCGCCGUCAGCCUGGGGGCCAGCAUGGGCAAGACGCUGUCCGCCGAGAGACCGGAGAGAGCGACCGCCAUCCCACGCAGCGUCUCCAGCGACGGCCGACCCCUCGACUCUAAGAGGAUGUCUCCUGGUUCUGAGAACUACGCCCUGGCUUCCUCCAUGGCCAUGGCCCGACCCACUCACACCCGCAGCUCCCCCAGCAACCUGUCCUGCUCCAGCGACACCGGCUCAGGCAGCUCCGCCCACUGGAGGCAGAAGUCCAUGCCCGAGGGGUUUGUACCGAACAGACACUCGCCUCUCCCUCCCGAGCGACAGAUGAUGACGGACAGCGGCGGAAAGUCCACCCCGAGCUGGCCCCGAGUGGACGACUCGGAGAGAGCAUCAGCAGAUGCCCCCGUCAGUAAAUCCGGGCCGUCGUACUCAGGAGGCCCGCGCAUCCAGAGGCAGGAGCAGGUCAUUCAUCUGUCACCUAAGAAGGGCAGCCAGUCCGAGGGCCCGUACUCGCACUCGAGCAGUAACACCCUCUCCAGCACGGCGUCCAGUGGCGCUCACAGCGAUGACAAGUGGUACGAUCUCGGUGGUGGUGGCGGGGGCGGCGGUCAAGGAGACGUCCCCGAGUCCGAACCCAACGGUCUGGGCGGAGGCGGGUACCUGCAGGGCUCCUCCGCCGACAGCGGCAUCGACGCCACCUCCUACGUGCCCCAUCACGGCAGCGCCGGCUCGUUGCUCGCCGUGAGCACCUCGGCGUCCCGCGAGAGGGUGGCGUCGCCGUGGCACGGGCCACCGGAAGGAGGACGGCGCGUACUCGAGCGCUCGCCUCCGGCCGCGGAGUCGCCUGUUGCUCCUGCAGAGGCUCCGCCCACCCGCAGCCCUCCGACGCAUCUGCUCAUGCGCGACAGCAGCACGUACAGCCUGAGCGAAAUGGCCUCACACUCCAGCUCGCGUCACUCGGGCAGCCCCGGAGUGCUCAGCUCCAGUCACAACUCUCCCCGAGACGAGUCCCCGUCCGCCACCUCGCCCUCCUCCUCCUCCUCUCAGAGCUCCGUCUCUCCAGGACCCAAGAGCUUCUACCCUCGCCAGGGCGCCACCAGCAAGUACCUGAUCGGCUGGAGGAAACCGGGGAGCACCAUCAACUCCGUCGACUUCGGAGACACUCGAAAGAGACCACAGGGUGAGGGCGCGGACAGCGGACCGUCUCAGACCCGGCCCUCCCUCAGGGACCUGCAUUCUCCUCAACCGCUGGGAAAAUCCACUGUAGAGGAAGAUCUGAAGAAACUCAUCACCCUUGACAGUCCUCCUGCCAUCCAUCAUGACGACAAGUCGCUGCAGCCGUCGUGCUCGGGUGCGAGCGGUACGGGCCGGCGCUCGCUCCACCGCACCCUCUCAGACGAGAGCAUUUACCGCGGCCAGCGCCUGCCGUCUCUGGGAGACGCGGUGUUGGAGCAGGCGCUCGCCAGCGACGUGCUCUUCAGCUGCUCCACCCUGCCGCGCUCGCCCACCACCCGCGGCGCCCCCCUGCGCAGACCCUCCUACAAACUGGGCAUCAAGAUGCAUGGUGACCUCUCCGCGUCUGACACCUCUCUAGCAGACCUGCACGAGCGCCAGAGGUUGCCGUCUCCAGAGCUGGGCCUCAUGCCCCUGCCGGACACGGACGCGGACAGCGGCUUGGACUGGAGCCACCUGGUGGACGCCGCCAACGCCUUCGAGGGUGAAGGGAGACCCCCACGCAUCCAGAGGAGUUUCAUGUUCAGUUCUCAGGACAUCAGUCACCGUGGUGAGAGUGCAGUGAGCUCACAGCAGAUGGAGCUGCAGCCCGUACCACAAACCCGGCUCUCUCCCAGUGAUAUCCCUGUGGGUUUUGCGGGGAAGGUCUCUCAGCUCGAGGCUUUGGUGAAGAUGCUGCAGGAGGACUUGAAGAAGGAGCGAGAGGAGAAGCUGAAGCUCCAGUCUCAGAUCAAGCGGCUGUGGGAGGACAACCAGCGUCUGCAGGAGGAGUCUCAGAACUCUGCGGCCAAGCUGAAAAAGUUCACCGAGUGGGUCUUCAACACCAUCGACCUGAACUGAGCCCCACGGCUCCGUCCUCGUCCAGCUCGACCCCGGGACCAAACACGCGCACCGCACACACUCCACACGAGCGUCCCCCGAAGCGCUCAGAACCACGACGCAGGAGCCACCAGUCUGUCUCUCACACCCUCCACCACCACCACCACCACCUCCUCCGCCCAGUUCUGACUCUGAGCCGGGGAUCUGCAGGGACGACCACGGCCACGCCCAUCUACUACCAUCCAGGAGCGACUCGACACUUUCCUUUUUGUGUGUGCGUGCACGUGUGUGUGUGUGUGUGUGUGUGUGCUUUAGGGGCCAUAUUUGUGAAAUUACGCUGGGUUGCUGUGCUAUCCGGAGUCUCUGUGUGUGUGUGUGUGUGUGUGUGUGUGUGUGUGUGUGUGUGUGUGUGUGUGUGUUUUCUUUCCCUCCCCUUCUCUCUCUCAUUAGCGAGGCCGGUGGUGUGACUCUACAACGCAGCAGUACAAUCAGAAGACGAGACAAAAAGAGGGAAGGAAGGAACCAUCUGAUAAAGAUUUUUUCUUUUUUUUUUUCUCCUUCCUCUCCUUCAAACUCUAAAGCAAUAGACUGAUCUCCUCUAUGCGUCAGCGGAGAAUAAUAAAAUCUCAUCGUGUCGGAUUCUUAUCUCACGUCAAGCAAUCACAGGUCUGCGGUACGAACGCUCGGAACUCUCAAAGACCAGGGUUUUGUUUUUUGUUUUUUGUUUUUGUUUAUUUUUUCCCCUCUCUAUCUCUCUUUUUUUUUGGGAACAAAUCUAAUUUAUUCAGUUUGUAUUAUAAAUAAAUAUCCGUACAGUA